AAAAAAAAAAGGAGAGAAGGUGAAAGAAUAAAGGAAGAGAAAUAAAGGAAGGAGGAUAAUUUUCUGUGGUGAAAAAAAUUUGAACUUUGUAGAAGUGCGCAUCUCGUUGACGGCAUUAGAGGCUAAGGUCGACGCUGCUGCCUAGGCUCCACGACAGGGGUGGUUUGCCGAAUGCUGUGGGGAAGGGAGGAGCCAUCUUGCGGCUGCUUUCAGGGCAGCCACCAAUUGAUUCAUCCCCACUACGGCACCACCAUUACUGCAAGGAAGGGGCGUCGAUUCAAUUCCAGGGCAAAAAAACCGUCUACGAGGCGGAGUUCGCUCCGUAAUCCAUCCGUCCUCAUUGGCCAGGAAUAGAGUGGCACCCGUGAACCCACCAUCUGUCCGACCAAUCCAAAGCCUCUGGGUGGCGACCCAAACCAGUUUUGACUCCGUGGACAGAGGGGAGCCGUUGACUUCACUCUCCAGGCAGAUAGUGCUGUGCCGUUGGCUCGUGCCGUAGUGGUCCUAACACUAACAGGUCCUUGCCAGCAAGGAAUCCCUGGAAUCCGUUCCGUUGCGCGCUCGAAUUCACCCCACGGACUGCCAAAUACACAAAUACGACCCGUGCUCUUCUCUAAUCUCGUCAGCUGAUCGGUGUUUUCGUUGCUGCUGAUUGCGUAACCUGAUGUCCAGGUACGACGACACCGUCACCUCUAAACAGUUUUUAACAAGUGUGAUCGUCGACCAGUGCACCGUGGACUUGUGUUUUCAACGAUGGCCCAGUUUCCCUAGUGACUUUUGCGGUUUGGCGGGUUCAUUCGCAAAAUUGACGGAAACAUGAACAUCCAGGGUGAAGAUUAGAUCCCGGAUGGAAAGUUUGAUUUCGAAAAGACCGACAAUGAGAAAUCGUGGCGUGAAACUGGAGUGUUAGUUACCGAGACUGUACUCGCGAAAGGACUAAAUGGACUCUCGAAAUACGUGUUUCAGGAAAUUCUGCUUGACUAACUUGGUGGGAUUAUAUUUUUUGGGAUUUGGGAGAAAAGCGUCGAGGACUUUGAAUAUUAGAUAAAAGACUGAAGCAUAGAAGCUGAAAAUACUGGCAGGAAGAAUUUACAUGGAAUCCUCGAUGCAAGGAUUCUUUUAAAAGGCAAAAAGGUCGAUUGCCAUUGACGGAAACCUCGAAUCACGCCUUCCGACGGCUGUCGACUUACCACGAGCACGUUCACUCGCAAACACAUUCGCCAUCCUUCCACCUCCACGACUACCGAUCAUCAACAAACAUGAUCAAUCUCGCUGCAUAUAUCUAAAAAGAACCUCUAAAUUCCAUCAAUCUUAAACUUAAAUCUUCCAUGUAAGAUGUAAACAAACGAUUUCUUGGUACAUCAUCGAAAACUUAUCUCACGUGCGUCAUACUCUGAAAUUGAGGUGUCCAGACCUGCAACAACUGUUCUCGUCGAAUGUCAGUUCCCAUGAAGUUGAGGAAACUACGAUCGUCGAAAGUAUAGCGUAUCGAGGAUAGAGUAGAGGGAUAUAGAUGCAAAAUAAGUGAAAUCUCUCCGGUGGAGAGACAGCCAGUCGUCAAGUUGGUCCCAAACAUGGUCCUGGAACCAGGAGGUGGUCUGUCCUUUCCACUGCCUCCUGGUAGCGGCUCUACUGGUUCCGGUGGUUCCCUCCUGACUCCGGCCAGACUGUUUCAGAGGGCGACACCCGUGUUUCCGUUUCAUCUGACAGGAUGGCCACCACAUCAUCCGGUCCUCGGACAGGUUCAAAGCCAGGUACAGCAGACGAUGCAAGCUCAGCAUCAAGCAGCCGCGGCCGCUGUCAGGUUCCUCAGUCAUCAUCAUCCUCAUCAUCCGCAUCCGGCACUAGGGAACCACCCCCUGGUGCCGGCGAUAACUAGCCACCAUCCAACCGCCCAUCAUCUUCAUCACGGUGCCGAUCACGCGGACGAGGAUGACGAGAAGAAAGGCUGCGAUGGUGAAUCGGACGAAGGUGGAAGCAAAAGGCGAAGGAGCAGGACCAACUUUAAUAGCUGGCAACUGGAAGAAUUGGAACGAGCAUUUCUCUCGAGUCAUUAUCCUGAUGUGUUUAUGCGAGAAGCUCUGGCUGUGAGACUCGAGCUGAAAGAGAGCCGCGUGGCCGUAUGGUUCCAAAACAGAAGGGCAAAAUGGAGAAAGAAGGAGCACACGAAGAAGGGUCCAGGAAGGCCGGCGCAUAACGCUCAUCCUCAGAGUUGUAGCGGCGAACCCAUUCCACCUGAAGAGCUGAGAAGAAAGGAGAGGGAAAGGCGGCAGAAGAAAUUGUUGAAAGCUCUUGAACGACAGCAGAGGAAAUUAGCUGCGAAGGGAAUCACCGUGGACCUCUCGACGCUUCGCGCCGAAUGGGAGUCCCGGAGCGCCGCGGCAUCCAGCGGAAAUUCCCUGAACGGCAGCCUAGGAAGCUCGUUCAACCACUUGACAAACAACAACGAGAGCAGCAGCGUGUCAGGUUCCGGAAACGACGCGAACGAGGAGAUUGAUGUGGUGGGUGGUCUGGAUUCUUGCAGCGAGAGCGGCAGCGAGAGAGUCGAUUCGGCUGCGGAUGGCUCUAUCGACGGAGAGUGUUAUCCAAGGCUAGCAAAUACCAGCAACGAGCAAAACGAUGCUCGGAGAUCGGUGAACCAGGUCUCAGGGAGUCUUCAGAGUCCCAACUCCAGCCUGAGCCUCGAUCAUUUGAACCAUCAGCAAGGGAUUCAUCAUUGGGGUCUAAGCCUUCUAGAGAGAAGAAGGGAGCUAGUGAACAUCAACAGUGCAGGUGGACAGCGCCAUACAACGAACAGUAGCAGCAACCCUGGCAGAACAUCCGUCAGGCAACAGACCAACGAAGAAGAGGUCCAAAGCAGUAGCAUAGACUUGUCCGUGAAAGGGAGAGAAGAAAGAAAGAGGCUGAACCCCUUCUCCAUCGACAGUCUCCUGGGCAAUAACAGGACCAGCACCCCUGGAAUCCACAACGAAUACAGAGCCUCGACGCCAACCCUUUCUAACGGAAGAGAGUCGAGCAGCCCCACGUCGCCGAUCUCCGUACCCACUUCGCCAUCCACCACGUAGUGAGUCAAGAAGUCGAAUUCCUUCCAGUCGAGAUUUUCCGGUGACAAACGACGCGAGUUUCGGUGUUAGACAACGAAGUGAUGGGCCAGUUUCGCGAGAACAUUAUCGUGAACAACGAGAAGGUUGAGGUUAGGGAGAUACACACGUUUAGGACAGUACCCUAUUAUCGCUGUUCGAGGUGGAACAGAAGAGUUCCUAUGAUGGCGAGCCUAGAUCUUUCGUUUCUUAGAAGACUUACCAUGGUUUCGUGAUAGGUCGAGCAAGGUUAACAUUGUUUAGUAUCGUUCGAUUGGUCAAGAAGAAAGGAUCUUUAACGAAGGAUGACGAACAGUGAUUCGAUCUACGUUCCACGAUCCAAUUGGAGAUUCCAGAGAGUUUUCGCUGUCGAAGCGUGACUGUUUUCGUCGGUCGCGUGGCUCGAAAGAGACAAAAAGAAAAGCGACGAGUUUUUUGACUGAAUAAAGGGAAGCUUAUAUCAGUUUCGACAUAUCUGCAUCGAGUGCGUGAGUGACGUUGAGUCUAUCCAGGGUGUUCGACUUUCUUCUUUGUCCUGCGUGUUCGAGUGUAGAGAUCGAGACGAGAAUGUGCAAUAAAACAAGCAUCAUCUUCCUCUUUUUCGUUCUAGAACGAUUUUGUUCGGGAGAUAUGGCGGAGGAUGAGAGAUAGAUAGAGAUAGUACAGAUGCGUGUGCGAGAGAGCGACAGACUGCGCGUGUAUUUAAUGUAAAUAGCUCGAAGUAUGGACGAUUUCGUUUUAUUUAAUUGAUCGUAGUCGAUACCCAAGUGUUCGUCGAGUCGCGGAUAUUAUUUAAAGCAAUAGAGAUUUCGCCUGGUACGCGUGUAUAUAACAUAGAGAAUAAAAGGAAAGUUUUAGACAGUGCGUGAAGGAUGCUGAAAAUAAUGACAAGCGGUACAAAGCUGAAUUGCGGGAUGUUUCUCCUCUUCUUGUUUUUUUUUUCUUUUUUCUUUUUGUGUCAUACCAGGGUGCAUUUUGAGUGUGUGUGAGAAAGAGAGGGAUAUCGGAGAUCGAUAAGGGGAUGCGAAGAGGAGAAGAGAAGGACAGCGAAAGAGUGAGAGAGAGAGAGAGAGAGAGAGAAGAUGUUACGAGAUGCCAUAAAAUCUGGGAUGCGAGACAGUAUCUACCGUAUAUUCAUUUCAAAUAUAUUAAUUUAUUCUCAACACUAUA